UGCCGAAUCUAGCUUGGACAAAUAAGCCAUUUAAUGUGAAAACCUACAGUUUCAGGUAGUUAGCUUGUUGCCUAAUAAAUUUAGCAACAUUUAUUGUGUAUGUCCUACUGCAUAGCUAGCUAACUAGCCACCAUUAUUGGUAUAGGUUAUUGUAUUAGCGGUUUAAUACUUGCCCAUUCCCAAACAAAUGGCUGAUGUUUUCUAAACUAAAUUCACUGCUGCACGGUGUCUCUAAAACCAACUUUAUUAAUAUAGGAAUGUAUUUAUUUAUUAGAUUUCUGGGCAAGAGUCUCAUUAAAUUUACUCAAAUUUAUCUGCAAUGUGUCUACAAAAUUGUGAACAAAAUAAACAGACACAAUAUUGGGCUGUACAUGUUAAUUAGGUACGGUUUUGGGUAAGAUCUCAUUUUAAUGAGCAAAGAUUUCUGGGCACAAAAAUCCUGUGAAAUCUUUUGGACACUGCUGUGUCAGUGUCAGAAUGAGAAUUAUCCACCACCUCUAUAAUACCUGCUUGGUGGUGGUCCUGACAAUUGAAAAACUAAGAACAGUGUAAAAAGAGGCUAAAAAGUAUUCAUAGAAACAGAUUACAAACCUACAGUCUGCAAUAAGUAAAUAUUUGCUUUUUAUAGUCUGCCCUAUCAUUCUCCUUUACAUGUCCGUUGUCUAAACACCAAAGUAUUGUCAACCAAUCAAAUGCAAACAUCAUCAGAUGUGAUGUAAAAUGAUUCAGAGUCAUAGAAGAGCCCAACCACGAUGCUUCCUGAUCUAGAGGGGUGAAAAAGAGAAAGAGAAUAAGCACAGAGAGAGUGCAUGGAACUGGCAGCGAGUAUUAAUAAACAGAGGAAAGCUAGAGGAGGGGUGAGGAGGCAAUGUGCUGUAGAAAAGUACAACAGAGGGAGGGCAACAAGUAGAGAGGAAAGAGAGAGAGUUCCACCCUCGGAGAGAGAAUCAAGCACAGCAGCUGUUGCUGGUCAGGACAGAGCCUCCACACAGAGGAAACACAUGGACCGGGGUUGAGGACACUGAUGAAGGAGGGAUGGGAUGAAGUGGGCGUCUGGAUCGGAAAGUGGUCUCCAGGCUUUGGGGUCUCCUCAGAAUUUGUAUGGACCCCUGUACUUCAGCUGGGAAAGUGUGAGAGGUUAGUAAGUUAGGCAGCCGUACCGAAAGAGGAACUGAGACAAAUCAGGAACUGAAGAGCUGGUUAGUGUAUUACAAUAGCAGCACCUGAAAGAGAGAGGAAGGUGGAGAGAGAAUAGAGAACACUAGAGAAAGCCACAGAGAGAGAGAGAGCGAGGGAGAGUAAGAGAGAGAGAGGGAGACACACCAAAAAAGGGCUUGAGCCAGCACUGGAAUCACUGCUUGCUUGACAAACUCACAGACACGGGGUGAGAAGAAUAAGGCGAGAACGAGAGAGAGAGACAGAAACAGAGAAACACGCAGACUGAUUUGUGAGGGGCAUUAAAACCUUAAGCAUCUGUGGGACAGCAGAGGACAGGGUGCACUCAGGCCUAUGUAAGUGUGUGUAUUAGAGUGUGUGUUACAGUUAGGGUUAGUGUAGGGUUAGAUUUAUGGUCAGUGGGAACAGGAACAGACACUAUUUCUUCAGGGGUUAAUAUGGAUCAGAGCUGGGGCUGAACGCAGCUCCUCAGCUGUGCUCUGCCACCAUGUCAUCGGGCCCAGGGCCCCGAGAGGCCCCUGUGCCAAGGGAGAAGGUGCUGAGGGAGUCUGGAGGUGCUGGGGAGGGUGGGGCCUCGGGCCCGGUAGGCCUACAGACACUACUGGACCUGUUGGUGGGCGUCUACCAGGAAUUCCAGUCUUCCAGCCCAUCCAGAGAAAAAUACAUCAGCCGCUUCCUACAGUGGGCGGAGCCUCUGGUGAGACAGGUGAGGAAGACACGCAUAAAGAGGGAUGAUUUCAACAUCCUGAAGGUCAUUGGCCGGGGGACUUUCAGUGAGGUUGCAGUGGCGAGAAUGCGCAGCAAUCGGCAGGUCUACGCUCUAAAGAUCAUGAACAAGUGGGACAUGUUGAAACGUGGAGAGACAGCAUGCUAUCAGGAGGAGAGAGAGGUUUUGCUGAAAGGAGAUCGGCGCUGGAUCACCGAGCUGCACUAUGCCUUCCAGGAUGACAAUUAUCUAUAUUUAGCCAUGGAUUACUAUGUUGGUGGAGACCUGCUGACGUUACUCAGUAAGUUUGGUGACCGUAUACCUGAGGGCAUGGGUCAGUUCUACUUAGCGGAGAUGGUGAUGGCCAUCGACUCUAUCCACAAACUGGGAUAUGUGCACAGAGACAUAAAGCCUGAUAAUAUCCUGCUGACGGCAGAUGGUCAUGUGCGACUGGGGGAUUUUGGAUCCUGUUUGAAGCUAAAAGACGAUGGCUUGGUCCACACUUCACUGGCUGUAGGCACUCCAGACUAUUUGUCACCAGAGAUCCUGCGUGCAGUAGAGGGAGGAGGGGGCUAUGGAAAGGAGUGUGACUGGUGGGCUCUUGGUGUAUGUGCCUAUGAGAUGCUGUUGGGGACCACACCCUUCUAUGCAGAGUCUCUAUCUGAAACAUACGCCAAAAUUAUACACUUCCAGGAUUAUUUUGAGUUCCCUCCAGGAGCUGUGGAGAUUUCAGAGGAGGCGCGGGCGCUGAUCUCAGGGUUGCUGUGUGAGAGGAUUGAGAGACUGGGAUGUAACGGCUCAGCAGACUUCAGGAGUCACCCUUUCUUCAUAGGAAUAGACUGGAAUGCCCUGCACAGACUGCCUGCUCCAUACCAGCCUGAAGUCUCCAACGCUACAGACACCUCCAACUUUGACGUGCUGGAUGACUGCCUCAGCGAAACAGAGACUCUUACUGAUGUAAUGGACAGGGCUCCCGUCGGAGUUCAUUUAGCCUUUGUUGGAUACUCUUACACAGCCACCCGAGAAACAGGCGCUGUUGACCGCAGCCAAGAAAUCAUGAUGGAGAUUGACCAGCAGUUGGCAAGAGAGCAUCUGUACCUGCAGGAGAAACUGAGUCAAGUGUGGCAGCUCAGGGAGCCUCUGUCAGCUGAGAUGCCACUGCAGAGAGAGCUCCCUCUGGCCCCUGAACACAGUAUUACAGAGUCCUCACUCACCUCAGAGACAGAGCAGAGCAACAAGGAAUCCCAGGAACUACACCGGCGGCUACAAGAGGCCGAAGAGCGAAACAAAGAGCUGGAGCAAGACAUGCAGGCCCUACAAGAGGAAAUCUGCAGACUUAAGGACCAACAGCAAAAAGAGCUGUGUGUGCGCCUGCCACCUGUCUUUCUGCCUGCUCGCUGUGCGGAGCCUGUCGGGGAUAAGUCAGUGGUGCCCCCUGCCUGCCACUACCCACUAGUGAAGCCUCUUCUGCGCCACCUGAUGCUCUUUCACAGGGUGCGUUGGCCACAGGUGAGGUGUGAGUCGUACCUGCUGGUGUGUGCCGAGGGCGGGGAGCUCCAGAUGUGGGAACGUCACUGCAGUUCUGAGCUCUCGUGAGGUCUACUGUGUAAAGACCAGCGGUCUGACCAUCUGUGUAGGUCUAGCACUGGUAUCACUGUUUUCAGACUGCGUAUGCACCAUCAGUGUAAACCACUUCACUGACACCCAAUAUGGUAACAUUCAGGAGUACUGUACGUGUCACUGGUGGUCUUGGAGUUCAGUGGCAAGAACACUUCACGUUUAUGAUUGCACUUAUACUCCAUUUUCAAAGCACUCUUAAUAAGAAAGGUGUGUGAGAUCUCUCAGAUUGUUGUACUCCUUUUUCAAAGCACUUAUGUCCCUCUGCAGCGCAGUGAUCAGGGUGGAAUAGUACCAGACACUACUACUCACACAGGCUCACACACUGGCUUAGCUAACAGUUAGCUGGAACCAAGAGGAGGCCAUAGAAAAACAACCACUGAGGCCUAAAUACACAUUUCAGCACCAGCAUUAACAAGCCCUCAUUGACUGGGUGGUUCCAUAUAAGAAAAGUCAUUGGUAUUUUAGAAGCUGUAUAUAAAUUUAUAUAAAUAUAAAUAAAAAACAAAAUAUGCAUUUAAAAAUCAGUGAAAAACAAAUCAUUGUAAAAUGCAUAUAUUCAUGCCAAUCCAUGUUCUGAAGCAUAAAAGGUGUAUUCCUUAUAUGGGCAUGAUUCAGUGUGCAAAGGUAUGUUAAACACUAUGUUUAACACUAUUAUAAUAAUUCCAGCUAAAGCUUUGGGUGUUUUGGUAAAGUUGACCAUUUCAGAGGAUUCAGUGCCAUUCAGAGAAACUAUGAUUUGAAACAUGUUAGUUUACGACAGUGCAACAUUGUCAGUUUGUUUAAAGAGAUUUCCAGCUCAGAAUCAGCAUUUCGGAUACUGUUAUAUUAGCUAAUGGCGGAAUAACAGAAGCUAAUGACACAACUUUAGAGGUUUGUUUCUUCAAAUGUUUCAGAAUCAUACCACUUGCCAUUUUCAAGUGGUUUACACUAUGUAGCAAACCAUGUAGUAGUUUUCUGAACUUCACCACUUCAAUCUGCUAACUUGCUAGUCUGCCAGCUAUACCAAAAAAAAAAGCAAUGCUCAAAGCCUAUAGCCAGACCAAUGACUGUAGAAACAUGUACACCAUGGUUUCAUUCAUUUCUAUUCAAUAGAAAUGAAUCCAAAAUUCCCACCAGAAAUUGCACAAUAGAGACAGGAGGUGGUGCCAUACUUCUCUACUACUUUAGUAAAGCUGCCCCUUUUUAUCAGAACAAGCAUCUCAGACUGCCUUUAUUUAGUUCACAGCACAGCCUAAAGGACCAGAACCUAAGAGUGGAAGUGUUUUACUGGAUACCCUGUCGAAACUAAUUAGACCACAUUGUCUGUUUUACACUAAUACAGAAAACAAUAUAAAACAGACAUCAACAGAGCAUGUUAAAAAUAUACUGAAGCUGUGUGUGCUGUUUUAAUGCACUGCAUACUAAACUGAUAAUAUAUUACAGUUUAAUUCUGUAGAGAGUUGGCAUUAUAUUUUGUACAAAGAAUGUAUUAAAACAUAUUGCACAGAAAACUAUAGUUUUGAGUGAGAAAUUAUUUAUUAUAAGGCUACUAUAGGGCUACUUAGGGCUGUUUCUAUUUGUCCUUUAAAAUGCUUGAGUGAAUAACUUUACUGUUUAUGGCAUGACAAAGUCAUUAAUGGAUUAUAUUUUUAUUGAUGUGUUACAGAAGAAUUGUACUUUAGUAACUGUGAAUUUUACAGGCUUGCUGAGUUUUAAACAAAACAAGGUGAGAAGGGCUUUUAUUAAAAUACAAACAUUAUUAACAAAUAUAUAAAUAUUUACCCCUGGUCAACAUCCUAUUUACUGUAAUUCACAGCUGAUGACACGCACUUUACUAUUGAGAGAAAGAUUAAAUGUUUUAAAAAUAAAUAUUUGAAAUCUCUUUAAAGAGAGUUUGUAUGUGUGUCUGUGUGUGUAAUGCGCUGUUCAUAAAGAAAUAAAAUAUCUAAACUUGAAUAAAGUUAUGAAACAAUAAAAGGGCCAUUUUUUUAAAUAAAAGUAUUUGAUACACUGUUA